AUGCCAAGCCUAUCAGUUCUGUGUCUUCUGUACUUGAUGUUGGAAGUGAACACACGUAAUAUCUAUUAUCCGAUUUACCACGAACCAAGUGCAAUAGUGUUCGAGGGACCGACCAAUUAUAAUGAGACUCAUCAAGAUAAUAAAAUCGAAAACCCAGUUUACGAUAUAGAUAUAAGAUUUGGUAAGGACGAAUGUCCGCCUGGAUUUGAAAUGGUGGGAACGCUGUGCUUCCCCAACGAUUAG